AUGUCACAAAGACUCUGUUUCCUACCGCGGUCUCUUCCGUCCUUGAUGGCGAUACGUCGAACAACGAUUUCCCGCACAUCUCCCUACGGCGUGUCUAGCUUCACCUCCCGAGGCAUACACGCACGGGCUUCAGACUUUCUGCCGAGCAACUUGCCGGGGUGGAAUGAGUCGCAGCGCGCUGUUCGUGAGGCCAUAGCCAAGAUUUGUCAGAAAUACCCCGACGAGUAUUGGUUAGAGAGAGACGACAAUCACAAAUUUCCCUGGGAGUUAUACAAUGACCUGGCGUCCAAUGGGUGGCUCGGUAUCUGCAUGCCCGAACAAUACGGAGGCUCGGCACUAGGGAUCUCUGAAGCGGCCACAAUGUUGCACACCAUCUCUGAGUCCGGUGCGUGCAUGAAUGGCGCGUCGUCAGUCCAUAUGAACAUUUUUGGUCUUGAGCCCGUCGUCAAGUUUGGGACUGAGGAGCAGAAGAAACGCUGGCUCUUGCCUCUUAUUCAAGGCAAAGAACGCGCCUGUUUCGGGGUCACAGAGCCCAACACAGGCUUAGACACUCUGCGACUACAAUCGGCGGCGACCCGAGAUGGGGAUUCAUACGUGCUCAGAGGCUCAAAAAUCUUUAUUUCAACAGCACAGGUGGCUGAAAAGAUCCUGAUAUUGGUCAGAACAACACCUCUGGACCAGGUCAAGAAACCAAGCGAAGGAUUGUCCCUCUUUUACACCAAUCUUGACCGCAAGGCCGUACAAAUCACCGAGAUCCCCAAGAUGGGGCGUUCAGCAGUCGAUACAAACGUCUUAUUCUUCGAGGACUGGAAGGUGCCCGCCAACGAUCGGAUUGGAGAAGAGGGCGACGGCUUCAAGAUGAUUAUGCACGGAAUGAAUGCCGAGAGAAUCCUAGUCGGAGCUGAAGCUCUCGGGAUCGGCUAUGCGGCGCUGCGCCGCACAUGCAACUACGUCAACGAGAGAAUCGUUUUUGGCUCGCCGAUCGGCAAGUAUCAGGGUAUUCAACAUCCGCUGGCUGAGUGUUGGAUGAACCUUGAGAGUGCGAGGCUGAUGAUUUACACUGCGGCCCGACUCUACGACGAGGGAUACAAUGACGGCGAGUACGCAAACGCAGCCAAGUACCUAGCUGCCGAAGCCGCCUUCAAAGCUGCCGAGAGGGCCGUCAUGUCGCACGGCGGGAUGGGUUACGCAAAGGAGUACCAUGUAGAGCGCUAUCUGAGAGAGUCGACUCUUUCACGUAUUGCGCCCAUCAGUGGAGAGAUGAUUAAGAAUUACAUUGGACAACGAGUUCUUGGGCUCCCAAAGAGUUACUAG